ACCGGCACCGGCACCGGCACCGGCUCGGCCCAUGGAGGCUCCGGGAGCGGGCGGUACCGCAGGAGACAGCCGGUGAGCCCGAGCGGAGCGGUACGGAGACGACAUGCAGACGGGGGCCAGAGGGGAUUGCUGCGGCAGGGACCGGCACCCCGCAGGUGCCGGUUCUGCAGAGCUGGGCAAAGAGGCACUGGCCCCAGAGCGAACAGCAGGGACCCCCAUCCCUGGGACAGUUGAGGAGACCACCGACGCCACCACAGAGGAACAGGGUGGCAUCCCCAUUCCCACUGCCAGCCUGCUGCAGGUCACCGAACGGAGACAGCCACUGAGCAGCGUGUCCUCGCUGGAGGUGCACUUUGACCUGCUGGACCUCACAGAGCUGACCGACAUGUCGGACCAGGAGCUGGCCGAGGUCUUCGCCGAUUCUGACGAGGAGAACGUGGCCAGCGAGUCGCCUAGCGGGCUGCACCCGCAGGCUAUGCCACGGGCAGGGUACCUGCGCUCCCCCUCCUGGACCCGUGCACGCGAGCAUGGCCGGGAGAAGAAGCACCUCAGCGACUCAGAGCUGCAACCAGGCACCCUGGACACCUUCCUGGCAGUGGAGCAGCCUCAGCAGGAGUAGGAGCUGCCCCGGCUGGUGGGGACAGACACGGGGGCACGCAGAGAUGUGUGCUUUGCCUUGUCCCCAGCUCCUUCUGACCACGUUCCCCACUCCCUGCCCCAGGAAAAGCCGUGCAGGACAAAGGACUCGCUAUGGGACAUGUUGUGUGACCGGGCGCUGCGGGGUGGCAGCUUCAGACUGUGGGUACCAAGCAAUGCCAAAGCUGGUGGCUCAGUGGGGAGGGGGAACUGGCCUCCUCAGCCCUGUAGCACAAUGGGGGCUGCACUACCCGGCCCCCACCUCCUUUCCACCACGGUCCCAGCGUGGCAGGACCAGGAGCUGUGCAGUGUCUGCACUGUACGGCCCACCGCCAUGUAGCAGUUGUGUGUACUGGUAAAACCAACCAACCCAUGGCCACUGCUCUGCCCCGUGU